AUGUCUGGUACACUUGAGAUCUCAUCGCCAGGUCAGCUGAGCACGCUGCUAUCCUCUUCACGCAUUGUUGUGGUCAAUUGUAAGCAAAUGACAACCCCCGAUACAGCAAACAAACUGUCAAUACUAAUGAUUGCGUGUUACUCAGUCUACAAUGAGAACAACACCUCAAGCACCGCCAUUGCCCCAGUAUAUGAAAAACUAGCCGGUCAACUAUCAAGGGCAAACAGAGUCACCUUUGCGAAAGUUAGCACAGUGAAGCAGGCACAGAUUGCUCAAAGCUACAACAUCACAAACACACCAACCUUCAUCGUCUUCAAGAACAAGCAGCAAGUAAGCAAAUACGGCGGCUCCAACCCCCAACAACUUUCAGAAGCCAUAAAGAAGCUUGCGGCCGAAGCAGAAACCGAUGGUGGCGGCUCUGGAGGUUUCGGCGAGGCAAGCUCAAGCGGCAGUGCAGGGUGGCGAGGCGCCACACUCCCACGUGGAUACAGCGAUGUUACAGAUUCAGUAGAUGUUCGAGGCCUGGAUCUUCUGAACGCAGAUAGUGACUUUGGUGGCGUUCGGACGCUCUUCGAGACAUCUCCGCCUUCAGCAUUAAACAAAGGCAAGGCGGCAGCAUCAGGUUCAGAGGGAAGCAAGGAUUGGAUUGAGAGCGAUGUGGACAAUCAGCUCAUGCUCUAUAUACCAUUCACCGCAAACCUGAAGGUCCAUACAAUUCACAUCACGUCUUGCGUAUCAGACGACGACGACGACGACGAAGCGCCCUGUCGGCCCAAGACGAUUCACAUCUGGACCAAUCGCCAGCACAACCUUGGAUUCGAGGAGGCCGAGGAUGUUCCAGCGACACAGACCAUCGAGCUUAAGAAUUCGGAUUGGGACACGGAGACUGCAACAGCCAAGUUGGAACUGCGGUUCGUCAAGUUCCAGAACGUCUAUUCAUUGGUCCUCUUUGUCGCCGAUGCCGAUGGCGAUAGUGAGAAGACACGUAUAGAUAGGAUACGCUUGAUUGGUGAGACUGGAGAGAAGCGUGAGAUUGGGAAACUGGAGAAGAUCGGCCAGGAUGAUUGA